CGCUGCUUAAAGAUAGCUGUAUAGACAAAGCUAGACAUGCACACCAAUCGACAAGGUGCUUAAUAACAAAGAGAAUAAGGAUAAAAGACUAAAAGACUCCGCAAACGCCAGCUGAUGGAUGAUAUUAUACAGUGACGCUGCAGUGUCAUGAGAAAAAUAGCAUUCUGGUGAACUGUAGUGUCUGUCCGUCGCGGCUAUGAAUUUGACGACUUACCACGACCUCCGUCACCAUUUGACCCUUAUCCAAGGAAAAUGGCAAGCAAAACAAUCGUCAGAAUAACCGAUAGAAUCAGGAGCAAGCAGCAAGCCUUGCUACGAGCAUUCUUCUGAUACCUCGCGGCGCUGCGCAGCUCAUAGUCAGCACCCCUGGUGUCUGUCCUCACAUUCUCGACAUUGUCGACUAUGGUGUCGAGCUGCUCGCCUUGUUCCGACACGAUCUGUGCCACUUGUGAGAACAAAACGUUGAGAUCAUUGACGCCCUGUUCGAUGUUGCGUAUUUCCUCCUCGCGCUCGAUGAUCAACGCCUCCUGGAAAUCCACCUCGUCCUGUGGUGCGAGCCUGAGAACUUCCUGUUGCUGUUGUUGUUCGAGAUAUUGUCCGUCCUCUCCAGCGCUCCGGAUGCCACCCUCUUCGUCUGUCACUGCUUUUGCGGCGCUCACUGAUGCCCUUUGUUUUUCCAAGGCUUUUCGUUGGAGGCUCUGAAACUCUUGUAGAGAGGCUUGCACUUCGCGGGAAGCCUUUUGUUGUGUGUACUUUUGGGUUGGCUGAGAGAGAGUUCGAGUCAGUACAUGACAAGCCAACAAUACCCUACUACCAAAGCUUCAUACCGUAACGUCUUCCCACGAUUGGAGUUUCUUGACAGCCUCGCCCAGUUGCCUGAAUGUUUCCCUCGAUUCCUCUAGCAAAUCGUGCACCCUUUCCCUCACACGUGCGGUAUCUCGUCUUGUACCGAGGUGGCUGAUCUCUGUGCUGAGCCUGGAAACGUUGCCGUUGACUUUGAAUAGUUUGUUGUUUAUGUCUUGCGACACACGCUGAAAAUCGGGGUCGUCGACAUACCCGCGGCUGUUAUCUCCCCGUCGCUGCUGCGCUUCCAGCGAAGAUAGCUGAUCGAAUGACAUUGUGACGAAUCAAGCCAAGUACGCACAGUCUGAGCAGAAACCGCGGGAUGUGUAUCAAGCUAUAAAUUCCACAGAGUGAGAUAUUGAUGAUGGGUGUGUCGUCGGGAUGGUUGAUGCCUGCCUGCCCGUGACGUCCGGUCUGCACGCUCCAAGUCCACGGUCGGCUGGUGUGGCUGAGAUUGCGUCAACUGUGCGGGGCUGACCAAUCAUGAGAGCUUCUAUGUCCCCACUUCUGGUGAACGCUCUCGAUGGUUGCCAUCUUUUUCAGCAGCCAGCAAGUAGUACAAGCUCCAUUCCUCGAUUAAGCUGAACUCAGUAGGCAAGGCCUGUAAGGUAGGUACAGCUCAUUCCUUUUUCGCCCCAAAUUCGCAGUUAGGCAAAGCCUUGUGCGUGAAGUCAAAGAAAGUCACUCAGGCGCUGGUCAAUCUACACCUCAGUGGUCUCAGUUACUCAAUGCGGCUCAAUGCAUAUUUGCGAUGCAGCAAGGCAAGCUAGCCAGCGCACACUUGGUAGUACUAAGCAACUCAUGUACCUGUUGGUGCUUGGACUCCAUGAUUAACAUGUGCCUGUGAAAAGAUGUGGGUCAUAUUUUACCUGCUGAAAAACGAAGCGCACUCUGAGCGAUAGCAAUGCUCUCGCUUAUCGUGGCGGCGCGACCUCCACUAGUCUAAUUGCGGGUUUCCAGCGCGACCAAGCUUCCAAAUCUUUUUUAUUGACAUGACAGCUCAACCCCAAUCGCCCAUCACCACGUAACACGAGACCACGAAGCAUGCGCCGUCAGGAUGGCGCCGCCCACGGUCAGACGGGCUCCUUAUAAGGACUUCCUUCAGCCUGCAUUUCAUAGACGGUUUUCAUCAACAGCCACUGUCAUUCUCGCCAUCGCAUACUUGGAGUCUGUGCUCUUGGCGAAAUGGAACUCGUACCUCUGGACAUGGUUUCCCAUUGGACCAGCUGGCAUUCGGACUUUCUUCAUUUUCCUCUGCGGUCUGUUUGUCCUCAUUUUGCGGAUAGCCCAAUACCAUGUGGGGAUCCGAAUCUCGAACUCGGGACUUGAGACUGUCCAGCAACAUGCUCUCAAGCUUCAAACCUUGGAGGCUGUCGUGUCUUAUGUCCUAUCGAGCUGGCUUUUCAGCCAAACCUACCUGGGAGCGGUUCCGUCUUCAGCCAACCUCGACUGGAUCACGUACUUCAACGGGGACCGUCCUCGCUUGAACGAGAAGCCGAUAUUCUUCACUGUUCACUUCAUCAUUCUCGGCAUCUACCAGGCAGUUUCGCACAUCUACUAUGAUCAAGAUCGUCUGACACUUGGUGUCGCUAAACCUCGCAAGGAGGGAAAGGCGGGCGCUGUGGACACUGGGAGCCAGUUGAAGAAGUUUGGAGAGCAGUUACCUGCGAUAUUCAGGGACUCCCUCUCUAUAUCGCUCGUUACCGUCGUUCUGAGCGCUGUCAUCUACCCUAUCUUUUUGCGGUCCAUGGUCUGGGGGCUUGCUCUCUCUAUGUUCCGCCCUUUUUACAGUAUUACCCAUGUUAACCUGGUCCCGCCAACCCUGCCAUUCACCUUCUGGCUGCUUCUUCGCUGCAUCUCUUCCACCUUUAUGCUAUCUUUCAUCUGGCUGUCGGGUAACACGGCUUUCUCGAUACUUCUCACCCGUGACCCGAUCAAGAAUACAAAGCCCCUCACAUCAGACUCCAAGGAUCCCAAUGGAAGUCUGCUGAACGGCCUGAAGAGCAAGAAGCUUCCCGUAAAAUGUUUUGCGAUGUGGGAGUUGGGACUCAUUGCGUGCGAUUUCGACGUUAGGCGCAAAGCAAUCUAUGAAGACAUUGACCGCAAGGAUGGACCGGUGUGGGCGCAAGUCUUCAGGGUUUGUCUUGAGGUCAUCAAGGAGAUGGAGACGAAUAUUGACAACUACGGCAAGGUACCUACGCCUGCACCCGCAACUGAGGCAAAUUCUAGCGCGGAUGGGAGGUUCUCUGAGGAAGUCCAGCGGGGCAUUCAAGCGCCGAAAAACGAGUCCAUUGAGAUCAAGUCAUCGAAAAACGCUUUCAGGGCCGAGGUGGAAAAGUAUGUCGACAAGCUAGCAAGAGACCCUAGCAGGGCAUCUCGGCUUGACGAUGUAGGGAAGGCUGCUGGAGAGGCUAAACAGAAACUCCUGGAGAUGAGGAACCAGCUAGCAGUUUCCGACGACCCUCAAUACCCAUUCCAGCAAUACAUUCGGAACAUACUCAGCUCACCUGUCGGCUGGCCACUCCGGCAGGACUAUAGCAGACGACUUACCGCAGCCGUCUUUGGUGCUCCCUACGGCGAACCGAGCUUGUUCGUUAACGCCACAGUGGCGCUCAGUCAAUUGGCUGUUCGCAGUCUCCAGGAGGACAAGUACGGAAACGUUCAACGCGACGUUGCGACCAUCAUCCGGAGUCUUACAUCCGUUACGCAGAAGUUGGAUACGUUCAAAAACAGCCUGCCCUUUCAUUGGACAGACGUUCAGAAGCACAGGAGUUGUCCUGAAGUGGAAAUCGUGCUAGAGGCACUUAGAGAUGGCCUAUCAGAACUGGUUUUGAACUUCGAACCAUACAGGCGGGAUUUGAGGCUUAGUCUGACGGACAUGCGCCUGGCACGUGAGGCGAUAGGGGUCGCAGAGACUGCAGUUGAGCCUACGCCCCAGGCGAAAAGGGCGGCCAAGCCACCUGCUCCCGAAAUGCAAGAACUGAGGUAAAAGCGGGUGGAGGGUCUUAAGUUCCGCACUGCAUGGAUGGCGUAAUGAUGGAGUCGAUUCACACAAAAGAGGAGAUCAUUUUCAGCGCUAGCAUCAAUCAAAAAUGACAGUUUUUUCUCGAGAUGUUGUUAACUUGUUAACAUCCGUCUUGUUUGGUAAUCUG